UGGAAGUUUUUUUUCUGUUUUUUUUUUCUUAGCUGUAACCCUGCUGGACUUUGCGCUGCGGCUCCUCCGGGACACUGAGGAGCGUCUCGGUGUCUCUUGUGUUUGACUGUCUUGAUUUGAAUUAUGUCCACAAUAAUGGAACAGCCUUUUUAUGACGACUCGUUUCUCUCUGCUUAUGGCCACCCAGGCGCAGCGCUGCCGGACUACAAGCUGCUAAAGCAGAAUAUGAACUUGAACUUCUCCGAUUCUUAUCGGAACCCGAACUUCAAGGCUCUGCGCGCCGACGCAGACUUCUACGCGGCGGGGCCCGCGGCGGACGUGGGCUCGCUGAAGCUCGCCUCCCCUGAGCUCGAGCGCCUGAUCAUCCAGAACAGCAACGGGGUCAUCACUACGACACCCACACCUGCGCAGUACCUGUACGGCCGCGGGAUCACCGAGGAGCAGGAGUGCUUCGCGGAAGGCUUCGUGAAAGCUUUGGACGACCUGCACAAGAUGAACCAGAUGGCGCCUCCGAACGUGUCCAUCGGCACCGCCGGGGUGGCCUGUGCGCCCCCGUCGGUGUACGGCGCGUCCGUGCAGCCGGAGCCGCUCGAGUACACCACCCUGAGCAGCUGCACCGCGAACCCGAACCUGGCCUCAGCAGCCAACUACCCCUCCACCACCAUCAGCUACCUGCCCCACCACCACCACCAGUACCACCAGCACCCGCAGGCCGUUGCGCACGGGUCCCAUCACUUCCAGCACUCCCUGGCCGGAGCCGGGUUCCACUCGCAGCGGUUCGGGGGCCUGAAAGAGGAGCCUCAGACUGUGCCCGACAUGCAGAGCAGCGACAACGGCUCCCCGCCCAUGUCCCCCAUCGACCUGGAGAACCAGGAGCGCAUCAAGGCGGAGCGCAAGCGGCUGCGGAACCGGCUGGCGGCGUCCAAGUGCCGGAGGCGCAAAAUGGAGCGCAUCGCGCGCCUGGAGGACAAGGUGAAGGUGCUGAAAACGGACAACGCCGGACUGUCGAACACCGCCUCCCUGCUGCGGGAACAGGUGGCCCAACUCAAACAGAAAGUCAUGACGCACGUGAGCAGUGGCUGCCAGCUCAUGUUAGCGCCCAAAGUCAAGUCCUACUGAAGAGAUGAAGCACUUUUUUUAAUACAAACACUGGACCCGAACUGGACUGAAAACACCAAACGGUCUUCAUGGCUGUGUGUGAGAACUGAACCAGAAUCUGGAAGAAGAAAAAAAACAGUCUGCACAAAAUAAUAAUAAUAA